AUGGAGCAUAUCGUUACUACGACCGCUGCUGCUGAUAACAAGUCAAUGGCAGGCGACGGAGUGGCUGCCGUGACAGCUCUGGCGGCGGCGCCUUCAGAGGGCGGCUGCAUCUUCCAGCUGAUUGGCACCGGGAAGAAGACGGUUUCAGCCACCAAGCAGACUGCCAGCAAUGGAAGUUCACCUCGUGGCGGCGGAUCGAAGCGCAGCAAUAGCGGCGAGGUGAUCACCAUUGGUGGAACUGAGCAAGCGACCAACAACGCCGAGGCGGCUUUUGGCUCGCUGAAGGUGUCGCAGCACUCGGCGACGCCGUACACCGACGCCACGCGCUGCAAGCGGAGCAGCAAUCACAUCAAGCGGCCGAUGAACGCCUUCAUGGUCUGGUCGCAGAUUGAGCGGCGAAAGAUCUGCGAACAGGAGCCGGAGAUUCACAACGCCGACAUCAGCAAACGCCUGGGCUGCACCUGGAAGAAGCUGACCGGCGAGCAGCGGCUGCCCUUUGUUCGCGAAGCGGAGCGCCUCCGCGCCCUCCACCAGAAGGAGUACCCCGACUACAAGUACCGCCCGAGGAAGAAGGUCAAGCCGGUGGUGGGCGAAGAGGGGGCCUCUACGCCCACCUCUAAGGGCUCAAAGUCCAAGGUUACUGCUGGCGGUGGAGGUGGAAAGAGCUGCCCUGUGCUGCUGAUCAAGACUGAGCCCGAGGACGCGCUGGUGGAGCUGAAGUCGAAGAAGAGCCGUCCGUCAAAGGGAGCGGCGGCGACGAAGAAGGGUUCGCCCACCCUCAAGAACAACACCGUCUCGGCGGCUAUUUCCAUCCCGGUGGUAGCGGUGGCGGCGGCGGCGAACGCCCGUGAUCGGGUUCUCUGCUACUCGGGCAUCCAGUCGCCCAUUUCCUCCAAUGGCAGCCUCUACGAGGGCGAAGGUGGUGGUGGCAAUGGUGGAAUGGCCACCAUGGGCAACUUCUUCAGCGUGAUCAAGUCCGAGGAGGAAGGAGGGCUGUUCACGCUGAAGGCGAACCCCACCGUUGGCCGUCGAAGCUUCACGCUGAACAGCUCGGCAGCUCAAGGCCCGACGGGCUUCUCCUUGCGCAUCUCCAGCGGCGGCACUGCCAAUGGCUAUGGCACCGCCGCUGUCAUCAGCAACAAUCGCA